CACGCACACACUCUACCCCCAAACCUCUUUCUAUUUCUCUUCCUGCCUCUCAAUUCCUUGUGGAAGUGCUUCGAUUUCAUUUUGGCAGGAUGUCUGCAAGCAACGAUGUUUACCAGACCCCUCUCAACUCGCGUUAUGCGAGCGAUGAGAUGAAAUACCUCUUUUCUCCGAGAAACCGUUUCUCCACCUGGAGAAAGCUCUGGCUGUGGCUUGCUGAGUCUGAGAAAGAGCUCGGCUUGUCUAUCUCCGAUGAGGCCAUUGAGCAGAUGAAGGCCCACCUUACCAUCCAGGACGAAGAGUUCAAGGUUGCUGCUGAGGAGGAGAAGCGCCGUAGACACGAUGUUAUGGCCCACGUUCAUGCUUACGGUCAGGUCGCACCCGCUGCUGCUGGCAUCAUUCACUGGGGUGCCACUUCAUGCUACUGCACCGACAAUGCGGAUUUAAUCUUCCUCCGUGACGGUCUCGACAUCCUCAUUCCCAAGCUUGCUGUCGUCAUUGACAAGCUGUCCGCGUUCGCCCAGCAGUACAAGGACCUGCCUUGCCUUGGUUUCACUCACGGCCAGCCCGCUCAGCUUGUUACUGUCGGAAAGAGAGCCUGCCUCUGGAUUCAGGACUUGCUUAUGGAUCUGAGGAACUUGGAGAGGGCCCGUGAUGACUUGCGCUUCCGUGGUGUCAAGGGUACCACCGGUACUCAGGCUUCUUUCCUCCAGAUCUUCGACGGAGACCACUCCAAGGUUGAACAGCUGGACGAGCUUGUUACCCAGAAGGCCGGCUUCGAUUCCGCAUUCAUCAUCUCCAGUCAGACCUAUUCUCGAAAGAUCGACGUUGACGUUGGCAACGCCCUGGGCUCUUUUGGAUCCACCUGCGAGCGCAUCGGCAUCGACAUCCGCCAUUUGGCCAUGCUUAAGGAGGUUGAGGAGCCAUUCGAGAAAGACCAGAUCGGCAGCAGUGCCAUGGCUUACAAGCGUAACCCCAUGCGUUCUGAGCGUCUGUGCUCGCUCGGAAGACACCUCCAGAACCUCCCCAAGGAUGCGCUGGACACCUACUCCGCGCAGUGGUUCGAACGUUCUCUGGACGACAGCGCCAUCCGUCGUAUCAGCAUUCCCGAGCUCUAUCUCUCUGCCGAUGCUUGUCUCAUUCUCCUGAACAACGUUACCUCAGGCUUCGUUGUCUACCCCGAAGUCAUCAAGCGUCGUGUCAAUGACGAACUUCCCUUUAUGGCCACUGAAAACGUCAUCAUGGCCUGCGUCAAGAAGGGCCUCUCCCGCCAGGACGCCCACGAGGAGAUCCGUGUCCUCUCCCACCAGGCAGCAGACAAUGUCAAGAAGCACGGCAAGGACAACGACCUGCUCGAGCGUAUCCGCCGCACCGCAUUCUUCAACCCCAUCCUGGGCGAACUCGACACCCUCCUCGACCCUAGCACCUUCGUCGGCCGUGCCCCCCAGCAAGUCGAGAAGUUCACCUCCACUGAGGUCAAGAAGGCUCUCGAGCCAUAUGCCGCUGCCGUUGCCAAGGCUGAGACCUCUACGCUUAGCGUUUAAGGUUGCAGACAUAGAGGCAUGCAUCUAUAUAAAACAUACAUGGCUUUCCCUCAAAGUGCAGGCCGGGCUCCAGGGGAAAAGAGGAUACCUACCAAACUGUGAACCCCCUUACUGUGAAGUAUGAAGACAAUGUGACAAGCAUGAGAGGAGGUUUGUUCGUCUCAUGCAAACACAUGUGAAAAGAAACAUAGAGUUAAACCACGUUGCGCAAAAGUUCUCAUUUUCCAAAAGGGAUCACCAAAUUAUGUAUAUAGUAAUCGAUGACUGAGACGUUUAUUGCCCUCUUCCUCUGUUUCAUGGCGCUUGACUCUACAGCACUUGUAACAUAAUACGGCGGGCCGGGCCCCGAGUCCAUGUGCGGUUGCACUAAGUGGAAUCAUGGAUACCUGUGUGUUAG